UGACGACCUCUGGCGUCAAAACUUGGCCAAGAAAUUCUUCUUUGCAAUUCGACACUGCUGCCACGUAGCCCCAACUUCCUGGAGGGCCAGAGGUUUUCCAGGAGCAUUUUUGUGUAUUGUUUUCUGCUGCCAGAGGGCUUCCUGUGGGCGCCAGAGCAGGAGGACAGCACACGAAAUGCAGAUCAUCUUUUUAUUGUUUCCCAUAUACUCUACAGUGAAUGUCUUCUGAAAGAUGGAUUUAGAGCUUCAUGGUCUGGCUUAAAUGUGCACAUAACAAGACCGAAGCAAUGAGUCGUCCUAUCACCCCACUGGCCAGUGUGGUGUCUACUCUGGGCGGACUUGUCUUUGGUUAUGAGCUGGGCAUCAUAUCGGGUGCUUUACUGCAGCUCAAGGCUGAUUUCAGGCUGUCGUGCAUUCAGCAGGAGGCGCUGGUCAGCUCCUUGCUGAUAGGAGCCUUGCUGGCCUCGAUCAUUGGCGGCUGCCUAAUUGACCGUCAUGGCUCCAGGAACUCCAUCCUCAUCAGCAAUGUCAUGAUCCUGACAGCCAGCCUGGUUCUGCUCAUCAACUCAUUCUUAGCACUGGUUAUAGGAAGGAUCACAAUAGGCUUUGCCAUGUCUGUAUCCUCCAUGUCCUGCUGCCUCUUUGUGUCUGAGGUAGUAAGUCCAGACCGCAGAGGUUUCCUGGUAACACUGUAUGAGGCUGGGAUUACUGUGGGCAUCCUGUCAGCUUAUGCCAUUAACUAUAUCCUGUCUGGCUCUAAAAGAGGGUGGAAGUGGAUGUUUGGUCUAGCUGUGGUACCAACACUGGUACAGCUCAUGUCCAUCUGCUUACUCCCUUCCAGUAGUAAGGAUUCUUUCAACCAGAGUCAGUGCUUUCAAAAUGACAGGACUGAAGCCCAAGAAGCAGAUGACUCAAAAGUGCAGUCUAGCAAGAGAAAUAAGAAGGUUCAACACAGCACUUUCUACCUGUUCAAGCGCCAGGACAAUAUGAGGACUCGGACUGUCAUCGGGCUGGGAUUAGUACUCUUUCAGCAGUUCACAGGCCAGCCAAACGUACUCUUUUAUGCCUCCACCAUCUUCCACACAGUGGGAUUUCAGAGUGACUCCUCAGCAGUGUUGGCAUCAGUUGGGUUGGGAUUGGUCAAAGUGAUUGCUACUCUGAUAUCCAUGGCGUUUUCAGACAGAGUGGGCAGAAGGCCUCUGCUCAUCGGAGGCUGCUCUGUCAUGGCUCUGUGCCUAAUAACCAUCGGACUCCUCAGUGGACAUUCGCAGGUGACCGCUAUGAGACCUUGUAAUUCUCAAAACAUUGAUGAUAACGAAACACAUGCAUAUCACUCACCUGUUGGCAAUGACUCUGUUUUUGAUACGUCUCUGGCUGGAAGCCACUCUCUUUUUAAAAACACCACACAAGAUAAAGAUGUAGUGUUCAAUAAAAUCGGCCACAUUUCUUUGGAACCCACUCCAGAAACUUUUCCUAAAGUCCACGGCAAAGUAUUCAACUGGAUCAUCCUCCUGUGUAUGAUGGGUAUUGUCAGUGCAUACUCUGUUGGAUUUGGACCAAUGACAUGGCUCCUCCUGAGUGAAAUAUUUCCAGCUGCUGUUAAAGGAAGAGCAUUCGCAUUCACCAACUGCUUCAACUGGGCUGCAAAUCUGCUGGUCACCUUCACCUUUUUGAAUGUUAUUGAUAUGAUUGGACUGUCAGGGAUGUUUCUUGUGUAUGGGCUAACUGCUGUGGCAGCUGCAGUGUUCUUCUACUUCAUGCUACCAGAGACAAAAGGGAAGACUCUGGAGGAAAUAGACAAGGAGUUGCGUUUGAACAGGUUUUACCACCAUCGGGAGUGCUGUGGCUUCAUCAGCAGCAGAAAUACCUCCCCGCGAUACCAGAGAGUGCACUAUCAGGUUUGCACAUCGGACUGAACCAAAAAGAUAAUGAACUGUUUAGGAAGACAUCACCUCAAACAGCUGACCUGAAAUCUUUAGUCAAAAUAAAAGUCGAUAGUUAGCGUGUGCCUAAGUUCAUGAGGGUUGAACAUGAAUGAUAUAGGACUUUGUAACAUGUCUUUUGAAUUUAACUGGGUGACAUGAGUUUUUGUUUUUUUUACCAUUGUGGGCUUAUUGGAUUUCUUUGUUAAGGGAACUUAACAGGUCAACUAUCUUUCCAGCUCUUGCUUUAGAACAAACAAACAACCUUUAUUUGUCACAUACACAUUCAUACAGAGUACAACAUGUAGUGAAAUGCUUGUGUCCAAGCUGCAGAGACAUAGAUGUAGCUGCGGCAUUCCAGGACAUGGUUUUAGCAUCGGGGGGGGUGUCUAGCCAGGACCCUUACUGGAUACUGGGUGGGGAAUACAAACGUGCGAGUCUCACUCCAAAGGUGUGUAGUCUUACCACUACACUAUCCAGCUGCAGGGGAUAGUGGGGAUGAGAGGUGACUGUCAAAUAAAAAGUUUGCUUGUUUAUCUCAAAGUAUCAACAUUAAGUGCCCUUCCCCCCGAAAAAAGUGUUAGGGAGUGCAUAUAGACACUGGAAUUGGGAGCUGUCUACUAGAAACGUGAACUUGAGUUCAGCAGGUUUAAACACUCAACACUGUGUUUUGCAAGGGGGCAAAAUGAUUGUCAAUGCAACUGUGUAUGUGUGGUUUCACUGUCAAAUUAAAUUACAGCUUUUUUUUUUUCCCCCCCCAUACACUGAAACAAAACAAAUACCAUUACUACUCCACUAGUUUACAUAAGUGUUACACACAAGAUUAUAAUGCAGUGGAAGUUCACAGAAGUCCUGAUGACAUGGCAACAAAAGAAAUGCACUCUGGAACUUCUGCAUCUACUUUAUUUGUAGUCUUGAGGAGGACGGCAAAUUUUUUGGACUUUUCAUAGAUUUUACAGCUUGUCCUACUGAAUAAAUCUUUCAUACUACACCAAAGUAACUGUUUCCCCACCAUCUACAACAGAAAUGUGUGUGUGUGUGUGUGUGUGUGUGUGUGUGGAGGGGGGAGUUAUAGUCCAUCACAACUGGCCUAUAAGCAGACACAUCCUUAUGGUAGACUUUUUGAAUGGGAGGAGGACAAUUAAUGGCAGAAAAACCAACUGUGUUCCAUCUAUGUGAACAGGCUUCAAAUUCUUGAUACUGUGCAACAUCUGAAGAAAAACAUCCACUUCAACUGGACACAGAUUUGUUUUUGCACAGAAAGAGGUAGUAGAUUUUAACAAGUAGUAGAAACGGCAUACAUCCGAUUGGUGCUGUGGGACAGAGUUGUAAACACUGAACUCGAGAUGGCAACACCUUUCAAAACUGAAGUUGCACUUUGGGAUACACACACAUUUCUUCUGCAUAUUUAUAUUUUCAGUGUUCAUUUAGCAUCAGUGCAUCUUUCUUAAAAAACUCUUAAUUUCCAGAUGUUGCAUUUGUAGCAGCCAAGUCUGUGUAAUCAUGACAGACAUGAAUCAGACAGAUUUACCUGAUAAAUAAAACACAUUUAUUUACACAAAUAUUUUCAAAUACUAGUCUUCUACAUAAGGACAGAAAAAUAUAUACAGUGAUGUAGGGAUUUAAACUGCUCCAUUGUCAGGUCAAUGUAUACUUGUUUUGAUUUAUUUGCAUUUUCAGGUUUUGAAAUGGAAAAAAGGCAAAUGUACAGCAGGAUCUAAAACUUGCACUUUCAAACUCUGGCACUAAAACAUUAGGGGAAACUAUCUUUCAAAUGCUAUUAUACUCCACCGCUUCCCUCAACGUGUUGGUGAAAGCCAACUAACUGCAGGACUCUUCAAAAAGCAUGUCACUCACUAUACAUAAGAGGUGAACUUUUCUCUAACAGUCACCAGCAGGUAGGGCUGUCUCAGUGAAAGGAUUAUACCUGCCCUACGCAAUGCAACAUUAAUCUUAAUUUACUUUACUUACUCUGGAUUUUAAGGGCUGCAGUUCCCUCAUUUAAGCACACUCCUUUUCAAAUAGAUGGGAGUCUAUCGCAUUUUGCUGUCGUUUCUGGUUGCACUUGCUUCUCAAUUCUGUUUCAUUUGUGGAGCGGCACGUGAAGAGAGUUGAUGACAGCCCCUUAUCUUAUUCUUCAGUUCCAUAAAAAGUUCAGCAGAGGAACAUAGAGGGCCAACAAUGUUCCUCCUCUGAUUGUGUCCUGAUUACACAAAUAUACAUCCUCGCAUGUGGCUUUAAAGCACAAAGGUGUUCCAAAAAAAA